AUGAUGUAUUAUCACGACCUCAUAUCGCUGGAGAGCCGCGGAGCUCAGCGCUCAGUGAAAGUGAGGCGCGAAGGACGCAACCUCAGUGCGCGUUCGACUCCCAGCAAGAGCGGACGCCAAACGCGCGCGUAUUAUUUCCCCGACAUCGAAACACGAAGCGAGCUCGGACCGAUCGAGUCUGAUUUAAGUUUCAACGUGAAUACAACU